UCGAGGUUACCGGAAGUUGUUUCAGCUGCCAUGUUUGGUCGCUUUGUUGUAGGCUUCGACCAGGUUUUCCUACAGAAUUAGUGAGUGUGGAAAUGGAGCCGAGCUGGAGUACGUUUCUUUUCCAACAGGCCAAUGAAGCCCUCCACCACCAGCACCAGGUGGCCCAGAACAGCCUGCUGCCACUUCUUAAUGCAGGAUCUGAUCAAGUUGACCAGAAGCCUAUCCUACCCAUCCUAAUAGACCAGAAGCCACCUACCAGUGCUGCUGAUCUCCUUAAAGAUAAUGUGGCCAGCGGAGGUGGACGGCCACCAAUGCCUGUGAUAAAGAAGGAGCACAAGGGCAAGACGCCUUUCGUCUGCGGCUACUGCAACAAGGCCUUCCGUGACAGCUACCACCUGCGACGCCACGAGUCCAGCCACACCGGUAUCAAGAUGGUGUCGCGGCCAAAGAAGAUGGCCCAAACAGCCCCCACCAUGGUACCCAUGAUCUCUACCAUGUCACGUGAGAACAACGGCAACUCUUCCUUCAUCUCCACGGUAGCGGGGCUCCUCUCCACAGCAACCACCUCUGUCUCCUCAAGCAUCAUGGCGUCAGCAAUGGGUAAUGUGCCACAUCAAAAUGUCAUCAAGAAACCCACCAAGCCCGUCAAGAAAAACCACGGUUGCGAGAUGUGUGGCAAAGCAUUUCGCGACGUCUACCACCUGAAUCGCCACAAGCUGUCCCACUCCGACGAGAAGCCCUUCGAGUGUCCUAUCUGCCAGCAACGCUUUAAAAGGAAGGACCGAAUGACCUACCACGUUCGGUCACAUGACGGGGGAGUCCACAAGCCCUACGUGUGUUCUGUGUGUGGGAAAGGCUUUUCCAGGCCGGACCACUUGAGCUGCCAUGUGAAGCAUGUGCACUCCUCAGAGAGACCAUUUAAAUGUCAAGUAACGGCCUGUACCUCUGCUUUCGCCACCAAAGACCGACUCCGUUCCCACAUGAUCAGGCACGAGGGCAAGGUCACCUGUAGCAUCUGUGGGAAGAUGCUCAGCGCGGCCUACAUCACCAGCCACCUGAAGACUCACGGACAGACCAACAUUAACUACUGUAACAAAGAAGGUAACGGUGUCUGCCAUUCUGCCUCGGCCACAUCCGUGACCAUUUCCGCCCCCAUCACCACGGCGAUGAACCGGUGCCACUCCAACAACCCCAUCACCAUAGCUGCACAAAUGAACAUAAGCACCAACACGGUCAACAUCCAGCAUCCGGUCACCAUUGCCAACAUCACCUCUGUCAACAUCCCUUCCUCGGGGUCCAUGAAUAUUGCCCACCCGGUCGCAAUAACCACCCCCAUGUCAAUGAAUUUAGCCGGUCCGCUCAACAUCGCCAUGAGGCCAGUCGAUAGCAUGCCUUUUCUGUCCCAAGUCUUGCCUUCUUCCCCGCCCUGGUAAAAAAAAAAAAAAAUCUUUGAAAGAAAAGGGAAAAUGACGCGAAAGAAGAGACUCCUGUCCUCAUGAUUUUGCUCCCGGAGCCCAGCUCUUCUCCCCCCCCCCCCCCCCCCCCCCCCCCCCCCAACCCUGUUCACUUCACCGAAACCACGAAGCGAACACGAGCUCCACGCAAGUCACGGCCACGUCCCAACCAAUGUCAAGUGACGGACAUGAGACGCAGGACGCUUGAGUAGGAAUCGAGUAGGAUUCACCUUGAAAUCAGGACAACCGAAAGACUUAGUUUAGUCAGUUAGAAUUAUGAAACUGUGAUUUGUAUCAUGACGAAUGAGCGAUGAGGAUUUUUUCACAUCCUCAAGGACUCUGUAGGAAGACGACACACUUGUGCUUUUAUAAAAAAAAAAAAAAGGGAGCUGAGAAAUGAACUGAAGCAAUAACUAUAAAUUGCUGUUUUUGACGUUUUACAAGUUCUCUCCCAAAAGCCUCUGGGUGUUGCUUUUUUAUGUUGUUGUUUAUUUUUUUUAACUAUAGCCUGCUAAUCACUAUUUAAUGUUAUAGAAAAUGAGUAUAGUAAAAGGGACAGCAGCUUCCACUCGCAUGGAAGAAUAUUUUUUCACAGUGCAUAGCUUUUCUUUUUCUUUUCAGAUAGUAGAUAUGCUCUUGGGGUACAGCGACUAACUUGUACAGUUGACAUAGUAAUGUAUUUUCAUGUAAGCAUAAUUAUUUUCUUCCCUUCGCUGUUCAAGUGGACAAUCUCGACACUGUCCUCUUGACUGAAAUGUUUGUGCUUUGUUUUCUUUUUGUAACGAAACACAAAGGUCUUGUUUUUCUACAUUUUCUGAAGUCAGAAUCAAAUGAGUCUUGCACUGAAAGCAUAUCCUACAUACAGGUGAGCAGCAGUAUUAUCAAAGAUCAAAUUGAAGUCUUAAGUGUUUUGGUUUGCCAGCCUACACUUGAGGGCCAUCUAGUGGCUGAAGAUGGAACGGCCUGGCCUUGUAGUGAAGCUUUGUCAGUCUGUUACUGUCAUCGUAAUAGUGACUUUUAUUUCUUUUUCUUUUUUCAUCUCUUCUGUACACUUUUUUUUUAUCAUGUAUCUGCGGCCCCCAAGAUGAUACAAAUGGUCAUUCACUCAGGAAACACAUAAAAGCCCAUUACACCUGAAUAUGUGGUUCCUUUUUAAAAUAUUUUGGCAUCGUGGUGUUAUAAGACUUUACUAGGCAAGAAGUCCAAGAGUGAUUUUUAAAAACAAAACCGUCCAUUUAAAUUAUCCACGGAAUACAUGCUGUACUUUUUUUUUUAUUUUAUUUUUUUACAUUUCCUUUAAAAUUUAGUUCAGUCUCUGGCUGCAUCGACGUGCAGCUGAGAUCUGGAUGCGUUUGAUAAAAUGCAAGUCUGUGUCCAUUAAAAUAAUGGGAGAAGAUUGGUGUUGCAUGACCCCCCCCCCCCAAAAAAAAUAAACUAGCUGUUGCGCGUCAACUAUUUUUUUAACGAAUGCCAUGUUAUCUCAACAGUGUUGCAGCUCUUUGAGUUGAUUCAGUUUGUACUGAAAAAUGCAAUAUGCAUGUUUGUCUUUUUUCCCAAGCUUUGUUUAAAACAAAAUGUUAGUGUAGUUUUUUUUUCUUUUCUUUUUUCGUUAUUAUGCAUUUACGUAGAUACACUAUGAUAGCCUGUUUGCCAAAUUUGAUACAAUGAUAAUGUGAUAACCAGAACAUUUCUCGUGGAAUUGAACAUCUCUUUAUUUUUAAGGAAAACAAUGGAAAUUCCAGGACCCUUGUGAAAGCAGUUGAAUGUAUAUCUUUGUACAAAACUAUUUUAGUUCCGAGAAUAUGGUAGUAACAACAUAGAUGUGAAAGAUAAGAUAACCUUUUUUUUUUAUAUAAAUCUUUUGUAUUAGAACAUUAACAACGGUAAUUUUGUAUAUAUGAGAGGCUAGGCUUUCUGAUUAGCAGAGAGGUCAAACAUUCCUACAUUUCUUUUUUAAAUGUAUGUUUGUCAGAUUAUUACAUAAACAUGCGCAAUGUUAUGUGCCUUUUAUUUGGGUUGUCUAAAUAAAAGAAAACUAUCCAA